GCUCAGACUUUGCUGGAUACUAUACUUGAUAUACUAAAUACUGAUAGCGAAAAGGCCUUUAUAGAAUAUUGGAAAACCAUUGAAAAAUCUAGUGAGAUUUCAAAAAAAUUGCCAAGAAAACAAAUUAAGCAACUUUGUGGUCUUUGGGCCAUUGAGGCUAAAGUUCUUAAGCUUGCAUUUUUAACAACCAUAACAGAAAUCACCUAUAAAGAAUUACAAGAAUCACUAAGAAAAGAGCAUAAGAUGCUUAUUCAGAUUAAGAUGAAAUUACGAGAAUAG